ACGAGGAGUUUUUUUUCUUUUUGGUAAAAAGGAAUGAUGAGGAGUUGGGGGCACACCACUGCUUGGUUUUACCACACUGCUCAUCAAACCUCUCUAAGUACUCUUGGAGCCUUAGAUCCUAUCACCUCAUUCCUUGUUUUCUACCCAAGCCCUCGUAAUUUCUAAUUCCAACCACAGCCUCUUAUCACUGCCCUUCUAUCAGUCUUCUAGUGGUAGGACCCCUAGAUCUUCCUAUUUAUACCAUUUCCUCCAUUCUGGCAUUUAACCACAGUUACCCAUUCUUCCUUCCCAUUUUCCUAGUCUUGAUGGCUCUCCUCCUCCUCCCAUCACUUCUCCUCCUCUCGCUUCAUGGGGGCAAUGCUCAGCCAUCCCCUGGAUACUACCCAAGCCACAGGUUUAGGCCUCUGAGGUUUUAUCAUGGGUUCAACAAUCUUUGGGGUCCUCAGCAUCAGUAUGUCUCCAGAGACCAGUCCACAGUGACCAUCUGGCUCGAUAGGAACUCAGGAAGUGGAUUUAAGUCAAAUCGCCCAUUUCGGAACGGAUAUUUUAGCACUUCAAUCCAGCUCCAGCGUGGCUACACUGCAGGAGUGAUCACUGCCUUCUACCUUUCAAACAAUGAAGCGCACCCGGGGUUCCAUGACGAAGUGGACAUGGAGUUCCUGGGGACGAUGCCCGGCAAGCCAUAUACCUUGCAGACUAAUGUGUACAUCAGGGGGAGUGGGGAUGGGAGGAUCAUUGGUAGGGAGAUGAAGUUUCAUUUGUGGUUCGAUCCCACCGCCGGAUUCCACAACUAUGCCAUACUUUGGAGUUCAAGAGAGAUCAUAUUCUUUGUAGAUGAUGUACCAAUUCGCCGGUACCCAAGAAAGAGUGAGUACACAUUCCCUCUACGGCCCAUGUGGUUGUACGGCUCCAUCUGGGACGCAUCUUCCUGGGCCACCGACGACGGCAAAUACAAAGCCGACUAUCGCUAUCAGCCGUUCGUCGCAAGGUUCACGCGGUUCAUCGUCCGUGGUUGCACUGCCUACGCCUCGCCCCGAUGCCGCCCGGUGCGCUCCUCACCGUUCGGCGUCGGGCUCAGCUCACGGCAGACCCUGGCCAUGCGGUGGGCCCAGAAGCACUACAUGGUCUACAACUACUGCUGGGAUCCCAAGAGGGACCACUCCCUGACGCCUGAGUGUUGGAGCUGACCCAAUUCAUCUCCUCUACUCUCUUGCCUAAAUCUAAACGUAUUUUUUUCUUCUUUUUCUAAGGGAUAGGAUUCUUGUCCUUUGUAAUUUAUCCCAAGGAAGAGCUGCCCUGCUCUCGAAUACUAGGAGUUGAGGCAUGUGUACCCUUAAUUUUCUGCUCUUAUUAAAGCUUGCAUAUCGCGCACCUAAUA